AUGGAUGAUUCCAUUGACAGGCCUCUUCCGUCUCCCUCGAGCGAGACUCGCUCCGAUGUCCGGGAUGCCGCUGACUGUCUUCUGACCUCACGUCAUGACGAUUUUAAUCGACCCAGUGAUUUGAUACCUACCAUUACCCCAUCACAGGAGCCAGUUGAUUACAUGCUACGUUUCCUCUCAUCGGCCGAUAAUUUAACAUUGACCUGGCUUGUUACGUCCUUGGCGAUAGUAACUUAUGUUCUUCUAGGCAGGAUUGGACUGCUUUUGAUUGGGCUGGUGGCCGGUGUCGCUAUACAUGCAUCAUGGGAGGCAGCCGAUACUGGUCUUAGGGGGGAUCCAACGGGUACUUCCAGUAUCUAUAGGAGGAAGGAGCUUUCUCUGAACAUAGCAAACCGAUUGCUGGAGUUAUCGAGUCGCAAACCUCCAGAACCAAAAUCAAACGGCGGGAUUAUUGCCGAAGCUGCUGAGGGGAUGUGUGAGCCUGAGCUAGAUUUCUCUGGUUUUCCGCCCAAGACAGCGGCAGCAUUGCGGUCAUUGACCAAUGCUGUUAUAAAGGACUAUGUAAAUCACUGGUAUAAACCCAUAUUGCCAGCAGAGCAAAUGUUCCCUCUCUCGUGCCGGAAAUUGUUGAGAGACUUUAUUAUUUCUCUGUCCUCUCAUCUUUCUCGAAAACGGCCGGCAGAUGCAUUCUUGGAGUUUCUUACAAAUUCUUCUUCUAUGGUUAUCGUGCUCUUGAAUGAAUUGUCAGCGGCGUUCCAGCAUGUCGAGGGCCAUUUGACGCCAGAAGAUGCAGUCAAACGGUACCUGGAUUUACAUCCGGAAAGCAGUUUAGCGAACAUUUUGUCGGAGCAGCAGCAGCGAUUGAAAUUAAAAAUGGUAGCAGAUGACAUCCUAUCCAGGUUUUUGGAACCAAGAGCGUACGCUUGUUCCGUGCUGAGGGCAUUCCUUCGCGAGAUUCUGGCCGGUUUAGUAUUAGAGUCGGCAAUCUCCAAUCUUUCGCGAUCUGAGACGGUCAAUGGCUGGAUCAUUCAUCUUUUAAAGGAAGGUGAAUCGGAGUUGUUGAACGCCAUUGAUGCGGGGGUCGAGGGGGCCAAGGAACAAGUGGUCGCGGUCGAAGGCGCCCACGAAGAGAACAGGUCUACAACAGUUCCGUUUAGCAAGUCAGAUAUUGAGGGGAAACCUGCUGGACAUUCUAAUACUUAUGGAAUUCUUCCUACGACCAAGGUCGUUGAGGUUCCAAUCUAUCCACCAGGAGGCGCCACGGUUCAGACAGAAGACUUGCAGGUCCGAACCGCUCAUCUGUGUUCGCCUGAAGAUGUGCAGUCCUCAGAUUCCCAGUCAACCAUGUUGCCGCGCCACUCGCUUGUCGGGACCCAAGGAAAGGAGGCAACAAUCCAUACACCGAAGGCCAAAGACGCCGCAGAGAUUCGGAAUGAUUAUGAUCUGACAAAGAUAGAGUCCACGAAACAUUAUCCUCCAGUUCAACCUACAGACCCAUGCAUGGCACCGCCAGCCUCGCAUUUAUCGGAUUCCCCAUCUAAAAAAUCACCUGUCACGACUCUUCAUCAUGCAUCCGUUUCAGUAGAGGAGCUUUCUGAAGCUAGUGAAAAAGCAUCCAUUCGGUCAAAGCCUACAUCGAGUUAUUUGAUCCAAAUCGAGCCAGCAGCCACACGUCGCACUGGGUGGAUGAUUUUCAGAAAUUAUGCAGAUUUUGAAUCACUACACGGCACCCUUGGAACGAUAGCAAGGCUUAAUAAGAUACAGGAUUUCACGGAAAGCCACCCUGCCUUGCCACCUUGGAAGGGGGAGACAAAAGGGGCCCUAGUGCGUAAUCUGGAGAGAUACCUUAAGGAUGCCCUUCAGUAUGAAGCACUUGCGGAUUGCGAGAGAAUGAAACGGUUUUUGCAGAAGGAUGACCGCCUCGAUCCUGGCGCCAGCGAUGCCUCAGCUAAAUCUGGGUUUCCGUUUCCCACCUCGUUGGCGCUCGAAAACAUGGGCAAAGGUAUGCUAGGUGUUCUGACUAACGCACCAAAGGGCGUUGCUGAAGGUGGUAAAGCAGUCAUUGGUGGUGUGACCGGGGUGUUUGGGGGAGCGAACGGCAAAAAAACAUCAUUCAGCUCCAGAGGAUAUCAAGGAAACCAUGGCCGUUCCCUAUCAACUCGAUCCAUCUCACAAAUGAACUACGAGAGUAUAGUCUCUGACAGUGUGAACGGGCCGAAGAGACCUGUUAGCGAGAACGAUAAGACAGAGCGUUAUUCAUUAGCUGUUGUCCCUACCCCCGAGUCCUCAAGUUCUCAGGAAGUCCCUCCUAGCCCUGGAAGCGGAAGCGUUGUUGACUCUACUAUACCAAGGUUUGGAGAUCUUGCAUCUUCCGAUUCAAAACUCGAGAGUAAUCAUCUCCAGGGGCCUUUGUCUGACUCUGAUGGUGGAGCUAACAUUGGUUCCCGCAUAAGACCGAAGGAGGAGCAGAAAGCGUCAGAUGGUCAAAGUACGGUGCGGCGUCAAGAAAGCCCUAUCUCCCAGGAGGAGACACAAAUAGCUGUGGAGCUCAUCUUUGCGGUUAUCAAUGAACUCUACUCAUUGUCAUCCGCAUGGAACAUCAGGAGAACACUUCUGAACGCAGCCAAGACGUAUAUUUUACGCCCCGGAAGCCCAAGUUUAGAGACGAUUCGCACUCUCUUACAGGAGACCAUGAUUGAUGCUAAUACCUCGGAUGCAUCAAUCGCAUCCUAUCUGGCCAAGCUCCGCGAGAAUGUCCUGCCGACGAAAGAGGAGCUGGAGUCCUGGCCUCCGUCGCCCAGCAGCGCGGAAAAGGAGCGUAUGAGGGAAACUGCGAGAAAAACACUUGUCCUUAAGGGGCUACCGCAGGCGCUUACAAGUGUCAUGGGGGCCGCUGCUAGUCGCGAAUCACUCGAGAGGAUCUUUGAUUGCCUACAGGUCGAAAUGAUUGCACGCGGUUUUGUUUACUCCAUUCUUUUGCAAGCUCUGAGAGCUCUGACUUUCUGA